CGCGCCGCCGCGACCGCGACGCCCGUGCGACGUGCGUGCCAGUCACUCGCACCGCUACUCGACUCGCGACACUUAUGCCAUAAGUCAAUAAACUUCAACCAUGGGGGAUAUGUUCAGGAGCGAAGAGAUGGUGCUAUGCCAGCUCUUCGUACAGCCCGAGGCCGCAUACGUCUCCAUGUACGAGCUAGGGGAGGCCGGCAUCGCGCAGUUUAGAGACCUGAACCCCCACGUAAAUGACUUCCAACGUCGCUACGUCACAGAAGUACGGCGUUGCAGUGAAAUGGAACGCAAGCUGCGAUGGGUCGGCUCCCAGCUACCGGAACCCCCUCCACCACCCAAACCGGGGCCUAGGAACUUAACUCCGAGGGAGAUUAAUAUACUUGAGGAAAGAAUCGACUACAUCGAAUCAGAAAUCCAAGAGAUCACCCGCAACGCCCAAAACCUAAAAACCGACUACCUAUCCCUCAUCGAGCUGAAAAUUCUCAUCGAGAAAAUGCAGACCUUCUUCCAAGACCACAGCGCCCAGAGGAAAAUAUCAGCGUCAGUCCAGAUAUAUAAUGGAGAGGGGGUGUUGGCACAUCUUGGCUUUAUAGCGGGGGUGGUUGCGACGCACAGAGUGCAUUCGUUUGAGAGGAUGUUAUGGAGGAUCUCGCAUGGAAAUAUUUUCUUUAAGCAAGCACAUAUUGAGCAGCCGCUCAGGGAUCAAGUGACGGGUCACGAGCUCCAAAAGACAGUAUUCGUGGUGUUCUUCCACGGCGAGCAGAUCAAGCUCCGAGUGAAGAAGGUCUGCCACGGCUUCCAAGCGACACUCUACCCUUGUCCUGCCACGUACAAGGAGCAACUGGACAUGCUGGCUGGAGUGGCCACUAGGAUACAGGAUCUGGACUUGGUGCUCCAACAAACAGAAAACCAUCGCCGCCUCGUCCUCCAGAACAUCGCGCGUGACAUCAGCACAUGGAUGGUAGCUGUCCGCAAGGAGAAGGCCAUAUAUCACACGCUCAACAUGUUCAGUAUGGAUAUAGUCAAGAAGUGCCUUAUAGCGGAGUGCUGGGUUCCAAGAAGGGAUCUUGGUACACUGCAGAAAGCUCUGGAUGAUGGAGUGAGAGCUACGGGCAGCCUUAUCCCCUCAAUCAUGCACCACGUGCCCACACUAGAGGUGCCGCCCACCUAUAACCGCACCAACAAGUUCACUGCCGGCUUCCAGACCCUCAUUGAUUCCUAUGGAAUUGCGAGCUACAGAGAAGUCAACCCAGCUCUAUACACGAUCAUAACAUUCCCUUUUCUCUUCGCCGUGAUGUUCGGCGACUUCGGCCACGGAAUCAUCAUGACCGCCUUUGCUGCCACCCUCGUCAUAAUGGAAAAGCGGUUCCUCAAAGUCAAGAGUGAUAAUGAAAUCUGGAACAUCUUCUUCGCCGGCCGCUACAUCAUUCUCCUAAUGGGGAUAUUCUCCAUGUACACUGGCUUAAUAUACAACGAUAUGUUCUCUAAGAGUUUAAAUAUCUUUGGGAGUAGUUGGAUAAAUUUGUAUGAUAAAGAGAUGCUGAAUUCGACUCAUGCGUUUAAUUUGGAGCCGGCGGAAGCGUAUGUGCAAGUGCCGUAUCCAUUUGGAUUGGAUCCAGUGUGGCAAUUUGCAGAGAAUAACAUAAUAUUCUUAAACUCAUUCAAGAUGAAACUAUCAAUAAUAUUUGGAGUGAUUCAUAUGGCGUUCGGUGUAACAAUGAGUGUGGUAAACUUCAACUUCCUGAGGAAGCAGCAGAUGAUAUACUUGCAGUACAUACCACAGAUAUUGUUCUUGUUGCUGCUGUUUUGGUAUCUUUGUAUACUUAUGUUUAUGAAGUGGACGAUGUAUUCGGCGAUUGCGCCAGACCCCGCAUACAACACGCACUGCGCGCCCUCCGUCCUCAUCCUCUUCAUCAACAUGAUGCUCAUGACUGAGACGGUGGCCAAGCCGCCAUGUAAAGCCUACAUAUUCCCCGGGCAGGGCGCACUGCAGUCCACGUUCAUUGCUAUUGCGCUGCUGUGUGUGCCUGUCAUGUUGUUCGGGAAGCCGAUAUACCAUAUCAUGGCGGAGAGGAAACGAAGGAAAUACCAGCAAGGCGUGGAAAGCGGUGAAGCCACGGAGAAGGACCCCCACGAUGGAGGCAUGGGCGAGAUGCUGAUCACGCAGGCCAUACACACCAUCGAGUACGUGCUGGGCACCGUCUCCCACACGGCCUCGUAUUUGCGGCUGUGGGCGCUCUCACUGGCACAUGCACAGCUCUCAGCAGUCUUGUGGCAGCGAGUGCUAGUAAACGGGCUGGGAAGCUUCCCCGUGAAGGGCAUCAUCAUGUACUUCGUGUUCGCUAUAUGGGCGUUCUUCACGCUCGCCAUCUUGGUGCUUAUGGAGGGGCUUUCGGCGUUCCUACACACGCUCCGAUUGCAUUGGGUCGAGUUCAUGAGUAAGUUCUACGAAGGGCAGGGCUACCCAUUCAUGCCGUUCUCCUUUUCCGCCAUCUUGGAGAACGAAGAUGACGAGAUGGGGCAGGCGACCAGCGCGCCGCCGGAGUCUCCCGUCAGCCAUUAGAAGCUCAGGGCUUGUAAGUCACCGGUCAGCUCAACUGGGAGAUAUGUAAAUGCAGAGGACUACAGAAUUAAAUACUACUUUCCUACAGAAUUCUCAUGAUUGACUGUGCAUGUACAUACAUACCUCGGGGUUUUGGGUGCGAUAAUGAUUUCGUGCAGGUAUUUAGAACUUUGUUUAUUAUAAAAUAGUUACCAAAGUAUGAACUAAAAAUAGGGAGUAAGCUCCAAAUUUCCAUUCAUACAGUUUUGACCUAUUUUUGGCUAAAGUAAAAACAUUCCCGCACCCAAAACCCCGGUGUAUGUAUGUAUCAUUUUGUUUAAAUUUCUCUUACCGUCGCGUCGUAUUUAGAUAUUUGAUUGGAUUAGCGUUGGGUGGUUCAACCAACAUUUUGUUGUAUAGAAGACAUGUGUUCACUCUGAGGCCUUUUUUUAAGAAAUCUGAAGCUGACCGGCUAGUAAUAAGCAUAUCGCUUGUAAAAGACUUUCUUAUAUAAUAAGUUCUUCAACAACACCGUCAUCAUGCAACGAAGUAUCCGCAUAUUUUGGGUCACUAAAUUGCUCGAUUAUGAAGUUACAAAAUAAGAUUUCAAUGAACAACCAGAAUAAACGAUAUUCUUGCUAAAGUCGAAAAUACUUGAAAACUUUGUUAGGAUUCUUUGUUAUUAGUGAUAUAAAUGAUGGUAAAAAUUGUGAAUUAAGGACCUAAGCCAAAUAAGGCCCAUAGUUGUUUUAUUCUCUAUUGUUCUUAUGUUUAAUAUCAACUUACAGUUUUGUCUAUUUUACUAGCGGACAUGGACGCAAAAUUUGAACCCAUUCACACUUAUAAAAGUAAAAAAAAUUUGAAGUUAGCACGCAUAAGAACCGGGCCUUAUUUGGUGCAGGUACUUAUGCAUUAGGUAUGUGAAUUAUUGAUGGAGAUUGAACAAAAACAAAUGCUUGCGAGCAUCAUUAGUGUGUAUGACAUUAUGUAACAUGGUCAAUAAACUCAAAGACAUACAAAACAGAUCCCAGUCAACACAAUGUCACUCAAAUCCUAAGAACUUUGUAUCAUAUCUCACUCCAGAAAAAGGAAAAGGUCUAAACUGAGAGCCUCGUCUAUUGCCGGUUCGUCUAUUGGUCUCUAUAUCGCUCGAUUUACCUCGUACGGCCCAAUGUGCAUUCCUAAUUUACUAUAAAAGGUUCUAAUAAAACAUAGGAAAUUUGUAUGGUGAUGGUGGGCCUUACGAAAUUAAGCAAGAGUGAUAGACGAACGACCGACGAGGUUAGCGUUAUUAGGCCCCUAUAAACAUGCAAUUUGAUGUGCUGUAUUAAGAUGUAAGCAGAAGUAUACUCUGUAUCUUCAGGUAUUUAAAUAAAAGUAAACGAAAUCUACCCUCAAAUGGCUCCUUAAGCCAGUUGAGGGUAGAUGAAAACAUUACACGAUCAAAUAAUAUAGGUUAAGUCAGGUCGUUCAGUGAGAGAUUCAGACGGUUUUGUAUUUGGUUGGUUAACCAAUAAAUGUUAUAACUACCCGAAAAUGUACAAAUUGUUUGUUUACUUUUAUUGAAAUACCUAAAGAUACAGACUACCUAUAUGUAGGGUCCGUCUAAACUAACUUUGCACCGAUUUCAAUAGAACAAAGUGAAGGAGUGUAUAAACGUAAUAUUUUCAUAGAAAUUUGGCAUUAAUGAUGACAUAACCACACUUUGUCAUUACAAAUGCCAUACAGAAUUAUCUUGGUCUGAUUGUACAAUAAUUUGGAAGAUUUUGUUUGAACGGAGUCACGAAAGGACACCAUUAAUUUUAUGCAAGGUACUCGUAAUUGUUGAAAAGACCUUUUUUUACUUUUAGGCUUAGUAUUUCAACGUUUGAACAAAUAUUGCGAGUUGAUUAUAUCAUUAAUAUAUUUUAAUUUUAAGCUAAUCGACGAUAUAUUAUAAGAAAUAUAUCUUAGAAUAUCGUAAGUUAAGAAAGUUUGUUAUUUUUGUUCAAAUCUAUAUAUUUAUCGUUUGAAACCAAAGAUUUAUUGAUGACGAUGAUUUUAUAUUUUAAUUUUUUUCUGAUAUCGUUUAGUGCCUUUUGAUAAAAAUAUAUAUAAAUUAUAUUAUAUGUAAUAACCGCCGAGAAUUCGUUUGGAUAAGUAUUUAGGGGCCUUAUAUUAUAUUUGGAUUUCUAUGAUCUAUUUAAGAUCAGAAAUUAUGAUAAUAUUAAAAAAUCCUAAAGUAGGUACUACAGAGUGUUACAUCAAGUUAUCACCAGACAUCGUAGAUUUUAUAUCAUUUUCGGUGCAGCGGAGUGGUGCUAACGGAAUUCGUAUAAACUAUUUCAACCCUAAUGAUUAAUUCUCCUUAAUUACGUUAAUAUUAACCUUAAUUUACCAUUUCAGUUGGAAUUAUCUAUACCAAUUCCGUUAACACCAGUCCCCUGCACCAAAAAUGCUAUAAAAUUUACGAUGUCUGGUUAUCACUUAUCACUUGCCUGUCUAUUUUUUCGACUAAGCACGGCAAAAUAAAAAUCCCCAUUUUUAUUGCCCGUAUAGGCCCGUCCUUAGAUAUAUGUCAAUGGGCGGCGGCUAAUAGUUUCUUAUGACUCUUAACAUCCUAAACUAGUAUUUAAAAUAAAGGAGGUUAAAAGAAACAACAACUUAGCAAACUCUUUACGACUUUUAUUUAAAGUUUCAUCUACAGUUUAAUAGCACAUAACGUGACACAUCAAAGUACUUUUACAGACGAUACUCAAUCACUUAUACAUUUCACGAAUCCAUCAAUAAACAAAAUUUAUA